AUGCCUUGGCCAUUUAAAAUUUCGGUGCUCUCUCCUUACAACAUCACUGUUGCAAUCUUGGGCCUACAUUCUCUUAUUCACUGGGCUGCAUGUGUCUCUAUCAUUUCAGACAAGGUUUAUGACUUGAGUAUCGAGACCACUCUUCUUACUGUAUUCGGAACUAUUCUCGGCUUUGUAAUUUCAUUUCGCACUUCGUCUGCGUUUGAGAGGUACAAUGAAGGCAAGAAGCUGCUGUCGAGUAUAGCCUAUUCAAGUAGAAUAUUUGCUCGGAUAGUUUGGUUCCAUACUCCCUCCGCUGAAAGUUCUGGAGUGAAUGGACUUGAAGAAAAACAUAACGCGAUUAGCUUGAUCCAAAAAUUCAGCGUCGCAAUCAAGCAACAUCUCCGUGAACCCCCGCGCAAGCAAGACAAAGUAGUAGAGCAACUUAUUUCCUACCAGGACAGGAGUACUGGCGAAAGGAAACACGCAGAUAAGAGUGGCGAGCCUACUGCGGGGAGUACUACACCUUCAAUCGGUGACGCCGUGAUCGCAUUUGAGUUGCCCAAAUCUCAAGGCGCGAAUGAUUUGCACGAUGAAGAAAAGCCGGUCGAUCGUGGCUCACAAGGUCAAAUGUCCGGGUUAAGAGAUGGGUCCGGUGUACCAAGACUCAGCGUUCCUCUUGAAAUUACUUUUCAUUUGAUAUCGAUCUCAACUUUGGGGCUGUACUUUCCUCUAUAUAUUUUUCCUGCCUUUCCAGCUAUGGAGAUCGCUGCGGUACAUCACUAUCCCGGGAACUUUCCUUGCCGCAAUAAUAUUCUGGGACUUCUUUCCGCAGGAGAGGAAAUCGAAAACCCUUUUGGUGAGGCCCAGCAACUGGAUGAUGAUCGGAACGACUUGGACAUGAAAACGUUUUGCGACGAUCUCAAGGGAGAACUUGACCUAUUCUUGAACGGUCAGAUACCGGCCCCUGAUCCGGAAGAGUGGAAAGUUCCGAUCGACGGGAUCUCUCAGCGUCUGAAAGACAAGGAACAGGAGCAUUCGAAUUCCUAG